AGACCAAAUUUCUGUAUUCCGCUUUCGCGAGGGAAUACUUUUCUCCAUAUCAAGUCCAUUCCACGAAGCCUGCCCAAUUCGCAUCAGCAUGUCUUUGCUAUGAAGCAUGACAUGUACUCUGUUUUGAGACAGACGUCAUUCAUAAGCCGGGACAUCAAGACAGCAGCACAAGAGUCCAAGUCCGACAACAAUCUUCCAGGAUUUUUCAAGCUUCCUCGAGAGCUUCGCGAUGAAAUCUAUGGCUACGUGCUAGCUUCUGGUGCGGACUGGAUCCGGCCAAUUGGCCACCGCGCCGCCGAAUCUCUGCGUGCUUCACAUGGCGCCACAAGGCGGUUUAACCUAUCUUCUGGAAAUGAGACAUGGCCAUUUGCUACAGGACGAGAAUACAUUACAACUGUUGUUCUUGAUAACUCCAUCCUCAUGGUCAAUCGCCAGAUCCAUGAAGAAGCCAAGAAACGCAUGCUUGAAUCAAAUCCAGUCUUGUUGGGCUGCCGCUACCCUGAAAGCCACGAGGAGUCCGAAUGUAUUGUUAGACGAUACCCAGAAGCAGCUCGAAAUGCUCGGACACUAGCCGUAUAUUUCCGAACAGCCAUUGAGAUAGUUGAUGUCGAAAUCUGUGGUUUAGAGAUCCUGCAAAUUCUCGCCAAUCGUAUCAAUUUAAAGAGCGUUCGUUUCCUAUGCGGCGACGGGCUCGAGAAACCGUGCUCUAAUAGAUUAGAGUACAAAGACAUCAUUAAAGCUAGUCCAGUGCAUGCUCGGCUUUCGCAGCUGAUGAAUAUCAAAGUCCAUGAUUUUUUGUCGGUGGAAUUUCAGGACAUGCCUCAACGAAUUUGUCUUCGCCUUUGCAGGGUUGAUGAUAAAGAUAUCUUGAUCUGGCUUGGAGAGCACACAAAUCAUAGCCGAUGAAAAAAUUUUGGACUCCUGAUAUGUAUCCAAUCGUUCUCGCUUUUGCUCUACAAAACUAGUAGCAAGUCCAUCAACGCAACAAGUCAAAUUUGUACUGAAUGCCAAGACUUGGUUGUGAACAAAGGGACGGACUUUACCAGGACGUCAAAUGUAUUGUAUAAUUUGAGCAAAUGGGCCAUAGUAUCGAAGAGUUUGCCUACGGCCAUGGCAUGGCUGUAAUCCUUUGGUUCUCGUAAGAAACACUCUGGGAAGGAUUUGUACAGCUUUUAUAUGAAAUGGCCGUUAUGGAGC